AUGUCGAAUCAUAUUGAAGCUAGUGUCGAAUCUGGAUCGCAGGAGGACCACUCUGGGUAUUCUUACCGAGAUGGCAAGGAUCCCAGUCUUCCGCCCAAUCAUCCCAUCAAUGCACUGGGUAAAUGGAGAAAAUUCUUCAUUCUGAUAACACUCAGUUACAGUGGUUUCCUCGCCAAUUUCAGUGUUGCGAUCAUUCAAGUGGCAUUCCCAACUUUAGGCAAAGCCUUUGGAGUAUCUCCUGGCAAAAUCCCUAAUACUAUCGGUUAUAACCUUCUGGGUGUGGCUGUAGGGCCUUUGUUUUGGAAUCCACUAUCAAAGACCAUAGGCAGAAGACCAGUGUAUCUUCUUGGCUCCACGCUCUUCAUACCAUGCGUCAUCUGGAUGGCCGUCUCGAAUUCAUAUACCGUCUUUGCCAUUGCUAGGGUCUUCGCUGGUAUCACCUCCGCAUUUUCUCAAACUGUGCCUCCUGCUACAGUGGGAGAUAUAUUCGUAAAAGAGGUCCGAGGCUCCAAAAUGUCCAUGUUCGCUGUGGCUGUCGUUAUAGCUCCUGCUAUCGGACCGAUCUUCUGCGGACUGAUCGUCGAGAACACAAGCUGGAGAGUCCUCUUCUGGCUUAUCUUGGGUCUGGCUGUAGUGCAGCUGGCAGCUUUCUUCUUCAUAGUGCCCGAAACGCUCUGGAUCGAAUCCGAAGACACACCUAUGGCAGUCGCUCCUGUCCAGUCUGGGUCAGAUCUCCAACAGGUGUCUUCAAGCAACAAUGAUCAUGAUGACAAGGCCAUUGCUGAGCAUGUCGAAGAUACGAUCCAGAGCCCUGGCGUACGACAAGGGCACGUAGGUGCCGCCUGGAUGCCUUGGAAAAGACCAGGAGAAUUUUUGGCGAUAUCGCUUUCACCUAUUCUAAUGGCCAGGUACUUGACAAUUGUCAUCCCAUCUAUCUACUAUGGAUCCAUAUUUGCGUGGUCUGUCGGAAUAACCAUUGUAAUGCCGCAAAAAUUCGAAGCGCCCCCUUACAAUUUUGCGGUCAUCCCCCUGGGUGCUGCGUUCUUAGCAUUUGGUCUCGGAGGAGUCUUAGGCAAAUGGUCGGGCGGGAUUGUAGGAGACAAGGUCGUAUCAUAUAUGGCGAAGAGAAAAGGUCACCGAGAGCCCGAACAUCGUCUGUGGGCACUUCUCCCAAUCCUUCCCUUCAUGUUCGUCGGAUGCCUCAUUGUAGGCCUAGUAGUGAAACUACAACUACAUUGGAUUGCCUAUCUCUUUGGUGGUGGACUAUUUUUCUUCUGUCUUUCCGCUGCUACUGGGUUGUUGCAAACGUAUGUCCUUGAAGGCUACCUCUCCCGAUCAAUGGACACCCAAGCUGUGUUUGUUUUCUUCAAGUCUAUUUGGGGAUUCGCAAUUGCAUUCUUCGUGUAUGAUUGGGGAGAGGAGCACGGUUUCCUAUCUGAAUACAUCGUUCAGGGUGCUCUCGCAUCGGGCGUAGGUGCCAUACUAUGUGCCGUUCUUAUCCUCAAAGGUAGAUCGAUCCGCAAGUGGCAAGGCAUGCCGAUGGCUAGCAAUUAG